AUGUGGAGGCAGACUGGCGGCUGCGACGGCACUGGGGGGCCCCGGGAGCCGGAGAAGGACCAGCUCUGCUCGUUCGAGGUCCCCGCGGGGGCGUCCGGCUUCUGCGACUGCGACGGCGACGGCCUCAAGGGCCGCUCGGAAAUCCAGUUCAGGCUCCAGCACGUCGUUUAUGUCAUUAACGGCUGA